UCCCAAUAGACUCGAUAGACAGAUGCCGUCGCCCUACACCCUCUACACCGGCGGCUACGCCGACCGCAGCGUCUUCACCCUCUCGUUCGACCCGACGCAGGACGAGCCGCAAGACCGCCUCGUCGUCACCGACAGCUUGCAGCACGGCCGGGCACCUACCUGGCUCACCUUCUCCCAAGACGGCUCGAAGCUGUACACGACGAGCGAGUGGAGCGAGCCCGAAGGCGAGAUCAAGACGCUCGCCGUCGGGUCUGACGGCUUGCGCGAGGACGACGCUGGACCUCAAGCCUCGACCGGCGGUCUCUGGGCGUGCCACACGGGCCUCGUCACGUCGACCAAGCCGCACCUCCUCGUCACGGCCAACUACAAGGGCCCGUCCUUGAGCGUCGUCCCCCUCCAGGCCGACGGUACCUUUACCGGCGCGUCCAGCUUCGACGUCCUUCCCGGCCGCGCUCUCGGGCCCGUCGACUCUCGGCAAGAGUCGCCGCACCCGCACGGCGCGCACGUCGACCCGCUCGGCCGCGUCGUCGUCGUUCCCGACCUCGGCACGGACGACCUGCGCCUGUUCAAGAUCAAGCCCGAGGCGCUCGCGCAGCCUGGUGCGCCGGCGUCGGCGGCACUCGAGGAGUACGACGCGAUCCACCUCGAGGCGGGCGACGGGCCGCGUCACGUCCUUUUCUCGCCUGUGCGCAAGAGCGGCUCGAGCGGCGGCGGCGGCGGCGACGAGGCGCUCCUCUACGUCCUCAACGAGCUGUCCAACUCGCUCUCGGUCCUCCUCGUCACAUAUCCCGCCACACGCGCGCCCGCACUCGCAUCCGCAUCCGCGCCAACCGCCCUCCCGACCUUCACCCUCCUCCAAUCGCGCAUCUCGCUUCUCCCGUCCUCGCCCUUCCCGCACCAGCCCUCCUUCGCGACCUGGCACGCCGCCGAGCUCGUCCUCACGCCCGACGGCCGCACCCUCAUCGCGUCGAACCGCGCAGAGGGGCACGAUCCGCUUCACGGCUCGCGCGACGGCCCGCAGGACCUGCUCGCCGUCUUUGCGGUCGCGGACGAUGGGCGCAUCGACGAGGGGAGCAGGCGGCUCGUCGAGUGUGGCGGGAGGGCACCGAGGCACUUGAGCUUGUGCAGCGAGUCGGUGACGCGGCAAGGGAGGGGGGACGCGGCGGUCGAUAAGGGGCGGUACCUCGCCGUGGCGGCGCACGACUCGGACGAGGUCGUGAUCAUGGAGCGGGUGGGCGCAGAUGGGAGGGAGCUCAAGGAGGUUGCGAGGCGGCAAGACGUCGGCAGGCCCGGCGUCGUCGUGUGGCUCUGAGGAAGCGGUCCGUGCAACGGCAGCCUCUCUUUCGCUCUC